CACAUCUUAGGCCGAAUUUUAAACCUUCUGGAUUGUUUUCUUGGACCUCCAGGUCUCAAGAUCUAAGACCAACAGAAGCAGCUAUAAAGACCUGAAGGUAGUCCUUUCUCCGAAGAUGGAAAACAGUACCACUACCAUUUCUCGGGAAGAGCUGGAAGAGCUACAAGAAGCAUUUAAUAAAAUAGAUAUUGACAACAGUGGAUAUGUUAGUGACUAUGAACUUCAGGACCUUUUUAAGGAAGCAAGCCUUCCUCUGCCUGGCUACAAGGUGCGUGAAAUUGUGGAGAAGAUUCUAGCAGUGGCUGACAACAACAAAGAUGGCAAAAUCAGUUUUGAAGAGUUUGUGUCACUGAUGCAAGAGUUAAAAAGCAAAGACAUCAGUAAGACAUUCCGCAAAAUAAUUAACAAGAGGGAAGGGAUCACUGCUAUUGGAGGAACAUCAUCCAUUUCCAGUGAGGGCACACAGCAUUCUUAUUCAGCGGAAGAAAAAGUGGCUUUUGUUAACUGGAUAAACAAAGCCCUGGAGGAUGACCCUGACUGUAAACAUCUCAUGCCCAUGAAUCCUCAUGAUGACAGUCUUUUCAAAUCACUUGCAGAUGGCAUCCUUCUUUGCAAGAUGAUCAACCUAUCUGAACCAGAUACAAUUGAUGAAAGAGCCAUUAAUAAGAAAAAGCUCACCCCUUUCACUAUUUCUGAAAAUUUAAACCUAGCCUUGAAUUCUGCCUCAGCCAUCGGUUGUACAGUGGUCAACAUUGGUGCACAGGAUCUCAAAGAAGGAAAACCUCACUUGGUCUUGGGACUUCUCUGGCAGAUCAUCAAAGUUGGUCUUUUUGCUGAUAUUGAGAUUUCCAGGAAUGAAGCUCUAAUUGCAUUGCUAAAUGAGGGUGAAGAUCUAGAAGAGCUGAUGAAACUUUCUCCAGAGGAAUUACUGCUGCGAUGGGUGAACUACCAUCUGACCAAUGCAGGAUGGCGUACCAUCAGCAACUUCAGCAAUGACAUUAAGGAUUCAAGAGCCUAUUUUCAUCUGCUUAAUCAGAUUGCACCUAAAGGUGACCGAGAUGAUGGACCUGCCAUUACCAUUGAUCUUUCAGGAUUUAAUGAGAAAAAUGACCUGAAGCGGGCUGGACUCAUGCUUCAAGAAGCAGAUAAACUGGGCUGCAGACAGUUUGUUACUCCUGCAGAUGUGGUUUCAGGCAAUCCUAAACUUAAUUUAGCUUUUGUAGCUAAUCUGUUUAACACAUACCCAUGCCUACAUAAGCCUGAGAAUAAUGACAUCGAUAUGAAUUUAUUGGAAGGAGAGAGCAAGGAAGAGAGGACAUUUCGGAACUGGAUGAAUUCCUUGGGGGUCAACCCAUAUAUUAAUCAUUUGUACAGUGACCUUGCAGAUGCUUUAGUGAUCUUUCAGCUCUAUGAAAUGAUCCGUGUCCCAGUCGACUGGAGCCAUGUCAACAAACCUCCUUAUCCUGCUCUUGGAGGGAACAUGAAGAAGAUUGAAAACUGUAACUAUGCAGUGGAGCUUGGGAAGAAUAAAGCUAAAUUCUCCUUGGUUGGCAUUGCUGGUCAGGACCUGAAUGAAGGGAAUUCAACACUUACUCUGGCAUUGGUAUGGCAGCUGAUGCGAAGGUACACACUGAAUGUGUUAUCAGAUCUUGGAGAGGGUGAAAAAGUAAAUGAUGAAAUUAUUAUUAAAUGGGUCAAUCAGACGCUUAAAAGUGCAAAAAAACCCACUUCUAUUUCCAGCUUCAAGGACAAAUCUAUUAGUACAAGUUUACCUGUCCUAGACUUAAUAGAUGCCAUUGCCCCAAAUGCAGUUCGUCAAGAAAUGAUCAAGAGAGAAGACUUAUCUGAAGAGGACAAGCUAAACAAUGCUAAAUAUGCCAUUUCAGUUGCUCGAAAAAUCGGUGCCCGGAUAUAUGCCUUACCUGAUGACCUCGUAGAAGUGAAACCAAAGAUGGUUAUGACCGUAUUUGCAUGCUUAAUGGGAAAAGGACUGAACAGAAUAAAAUAAUAAGAAACAUUUAAUAUGAUUUUCUGCCACAUUAAACACAUUGAAUGCCUCACAGUUUACAGAAUUCUGAAUGUAGUGGGUAUAAAACCAGAGA